AUGGGUGAGCUAUCAGCAGUGGACAGCAGGUGUAUCUCGCAGUUGCAGUUGAUCCUUCUUGGAGGCAGAAACUCAGGGAAGAGCUCCUUAGGCAACCUCCUCCUGGGCAAAGAAGAGUUCGCCACCAAGGAGAGGACGUCAUGCUUGAGGCGGUUGGCUCAGGUGGCCGGGUGCUGGUUGACGGUGGUGGACACCCCCGGCUGGUGGUGCGACUUCAGCGUGGAGGAAACUGCCCGCAUGGUGCGCAGGGAGAUCCAGGGAAGCGUCGCCCUAUGCUCCCAAGGACCCCAUGUUUUCCUGGUGGUGGUCAAAGCUGGCUCGCCCUUCACGGAGAGGCGCCGCCGGGCCCUGGAGGAGCAUGUGGGCCUGCUAGGGCCCAGUGUGUGGCACUACUGCCUGGUGGUCUUCACCUCACAAGGCGUGCCUGAGCACCGUGGAGACCAGGAGUUCUCACGGUCAGAGGCCCUCAGGUGGCUGAAGGAAAAGUGUGAACAGAGGUGUCACCUGGUCGACUUGAGCGAUGGAAGUCGAGUGUUUGAGCUAAUGGAGAACAUUCAAGCCUUGGUUGCUGCCAAUGGAUACAGAGUGUUUGAGAUGGAAGAGAGCAUCUGCAGGGCCGUAGCGGAGGAAAAGAGACAAUUGGAGGAGGAUGCUCAUGCCAGGUUUUUGAACAUGAAAACUCACAGAGCCUUGAUGAGAGAACAGGCUCGCCCUCUGCCUGACAUCAGGAUUGUGCUGAUGGGAGCCAAAGGUUCCGGAAAGACUUCUUCUCUAAACACCAUCCUGGGCCGUGGUCAGGGUUGGCGGUCCUCGGGAAGAACAGCUCGCUGCAAGGUGGGACAGGGCGCGGCCUUCGGGAGGCAGUUGACCGUGGUGGACACGCCAGGCUGGUGGAUGAACUUCUUUGGCCACGAGAGUGCCGCUUUUGAUCGUGCUCAGAUCCGACUCGGCCCAUCGUUUUGUGAUCCUGGUCCGCACGCCUUCCUGCUGGUGGUGCGCCCAGACCGCACUUUUUCCGAAACCUACCAGCGGGCGGUGAGGGACCACUUGGAGCUACUGGGUGGGGACAUCUGGAGCAGAGUCAUUGUACUGUUCAGCUUUGGGGACUGGCUGAGCGAGACAACCGCCGAGCAGCACGUAGAGAGCGAAGGCGAGCCGCUGUGGUGGUUGGCCGAGCGUUGUGGGAAUCGAACCCAUGUGCUUAACAACAAAACCCUUGGAGACGGGUUCCAGGUUAGGGAGCUGCUGGGGAAAAUUGAGGAGAUGGUGGCGGGGUGCGGCGGGGGACAUUGGAAAGCGGUGAGAGAAGAAGAGGAGCGACUGGUGAGAACGAUGAGGGAGGAGGAGACGAGAGCCGCCAAAAGGAAAAUGAAAGCAGAGCGGCAGAAGAAGGAGGCCACGCCUCAAAUUGACGUAUGCCGUCCCCUCACUGAAGUGACGCUUAUAUUGGUGGGUGGCAGCAAAACUGGCAAGAGCUCGUGCGGAAACACGCUGCUGGGCCGCGAAUGCUUCGACACUGAUGGCACGACAACAUCCUGCAAUUUCGGGCGGGCUCGCGUGGGCGACCGAACAGUGACUGUGAUGGACACGCCCAGCUGCUUCCUUAUUAGUGCCGCCUUCCUGAGGGGUGUGGCAUCAUACGCCUUACUGGUGGUGGUCAACCCAAGUGCUGCCUUCACUGAUGGCCAUGGAGAAGCCUUGGAUGCCCAGCUAGCAGGUGCCUGGGGCAGGGCCAUGGUGGUGUUCAGCCAUGGAGACUGGCUAGGGGACACAGGAAUCGAACAACGGCUGGAGAGCGAAGGUCCAAUGUUGAGGGGGCUGGUGGACAAGUGCGGGAAUAGAUACCAUGUGUUGGACAACAAGCGACGAGGAGACGGCUCACAGGUGCUGGAACUCAUUGCACACGUGGAGCGCAUGCUGGUGGAAGAGAAUCAUGCACCCAUUGCGUUAGUGGCGCCGCCAUGCAAUACUAAUGCACCACUGCACAAUUAUCCAAGUUUGAUGCCGAGUGAUGGAGAUCAGCUUUCCAAUUGCUUGAAGUGCGGUGAAUCUUCCACUGAGUCUCUCAGUGAAUGUUCUUCAGUUGACUUGAGUGAGUCUUCAAAAGCUGGCAAGCAGGUUGUGCAUCGGUCAGCCAUGUGGAACAGAGGGAAUGACACUUCCUGUUUGCUGGCCAUUCUUCAGCAUAGGCUCCAAUCAAUAAGAGUCAACGCACCACCGUGGCUUCACGCUGACCAACCCAGACUUCCCACUAUGCUCCUGGUGCUGCCUCAGUUUCGCCUGGGGCUACUUCCCGAGAUACAUGCCCAACCAGAACUCGCCCUCUGCAGCCAGAGUGAAGACUGGAGCAGCUUGGAGGACUUGGAGGCCUUCAUUGACUCAUAUUUCGACACCUUGUUGGAGUGGAAAGCCUUGAUUUCGCCUCCACCACCGCCCCGGCACGAAGGUGCCACUGCGGCCCCGCGGUCGGGGGAUCUCCUGCUUUCAUCCAUUGAGAGGAAACUCUCUAAGCUGGACCUGCUGGAGGAGAUUCGGGAGGAUUUGGCAGAAGUGAGAAGAAGCCUGGAGCGCAGCUGGACGCUCAUACAGGAGCUCAGAAGCAAAAAGUAA